UAAAUUAAAAAGCACUCCGUGCUCCAACAAAAUUCCAUCCGCUCCGCUCACUAGCUCUGGCCCUCCUUGUGUGGCGUACACAGGUCUAGAGAGACUCUCCCACUGCUGCUAGGAUGAGUGUCCCUCAGGAGAGAGAAGAGGCUGCAGGUCCCAGUGAGACACUCAGUCCAGAGUCUGCAUCACACAGCUGUGGGACCAUGAAGAAUGAUGAAGACAUGUAUGAUCCUGGGUCACCAACACACUCUGAUGGAGGUACCAGAUCACAGACACACAGACCCCCAUCUCCAACGCCCAGCAGUGUGUCCAUAAAGAGCAAUGGAUCCAUGCAUGAUCCUCCAACACUGGACAGUGGACCAGCAGCACAGGAUAAACCUGACAGUGUGUCUAUAAAGAGAAAUGGAUCCAUGCAUGAUCCUCCAACACUGGACAGUGGACAAGCAGCACAGCCUACACCUGACAGUGUGUCUAUAAAGAGAAAUGGAUCCAUGCAUGAUCCUCCAACACUGAACAGUGGACCAGCAGCACAGGAUAAACCUGAAUCACAGACAUACAGACCCCCAUCUCCAACGCCCAGCAGUGUGUCUAUGAAGAGUGAUGGAUCCAUGCAUGACCCUCCAACACUAAACAGUAGACCAGCAGCACAGGAUAAACCUGAAUCACAGACAUACAGACCCCCAUCUCCAACGCCCAGCAGUGUGUCUAUGAAGAGUGAUGGAUCCAUGCAUGACCCUCCAACACUGAACAGUGGACCAGCAGCACAGGAUAAACCUGAAUCACAGACAUACAGACCCCCAUCUCCAACGCCCAGCAGUGUGUCUAUGAAGAGUGAUGGAUCCAUGCAUGACCCUCCAACACUGAACAGUGGACCAGCAGCACAGGAUAAACCUGAAUCACAGACAUACAGACCCCCAUCUCCAACGCCCAGCAGUGCGUCUAUGAAGAGUGAUGGAUCCAUGCAUGACCCUCCAACACUGAACAGUGGACCAGCAGCACAGGAUAAACCUGAUGAUUUGUCGACUGUUCAGUUGAUGGGUGGAGUGCAUGAACAGGUACUGAGUGACAGCAUCAACAAAAACACAGGAACUGAGGACCUGAGGGGAGUUAUAGAGAAUCACAAAGCCAGUCUGAGGAGGAAGUUUGAGAACAUAUCUGAAGGCAUCAUCAAGCCAGGAGCUGAGACUCUCCUCAAUAAGAUCUACACAGAGCUCUAUAUCACAGAGGGAGAGAGUAAAGGGGUGAAUAAGGAACAUGAGGUCUGGCAGGUAGAGUCAGCGUCCAGAUCUCAAACCACAGAAGACACGCCAAUCAAGUGCAAUGACAUCUUCAAGCCCUUACCUGGACAGAAGAAGCACAUCAGAACUGUCAUGACCAAAGGUGUUGCUGGCAUUGGAAAAACAGUCUCAGUGCAGAAAUUCAUUCUUGACUGGACAGAUGGGGUAGCCAAUCAGGAUGUAGACUUUAUGUUCCUCCUACCUUUCCGUGAGCUGAAUUUGGUUAGAGAAAAUCAGUAUUCUCUUCACAGGCUCCUGCUUGACUUCUAUCCUGAGUUGAAGGAGCUAAAGGAUAGUGAAGAAUACAACAGCUGUCAGGUUGUGUUAAUCUUUGAUGGAUUGGAUGAGAGUCGGUUAAAGCUGGAUUUCCAGCAGACCAUGCUGUUGUCUGAUUUAAAACAAACAUCGUCAGUGGAUGUUCUGAUGACAAGCCUCAUUCAGGGAACUCUGUUUCCCUCUGCACUCAUCUGGAUAACCUCAAGACCAGCAGCAGCCAGACAAAUUCCUGUUCAGUAUGUCGACCUAGUAACAGAAGUACGAGGAUUCAAUGACCCACAGAAGGAAGAGUACUUCAGGAAGAAAAUCAGUGAUGGGAGUCAGGCCAACAAAAUCAUCUCACACAUUAAGGCAUCCAGGAGUCUCCACAUCAUGUGCCAUAUUCCUGUUUUCUGUUGGAUUGCAGCCACUGUACUUGAGCAGUUGCUGAAACGGAACUACACCCAAGAAAUCCCCAAAACUCUGACUGAGAUGUUCAUACACUUUCUGCUCAUCCAAACCACCAGGAAGGAUCAGAAGUAUCGAAGUGGAGAUCAAGUGAAUAAAGAGAACUUUCUAGAAUCCCAGAAAGACAUUUUGCUUAAACUGGCAGAACUGGCUUUCAAGAAUCUUGAAAAUGGACAUCUAAUGUUUUAUGAUGAAGACCUGAGAGAUUGUGGCAUUGAUGUCAGUGAAGCCUCAGAGUCUGGCAUGUGUACUGAAAUCUUCAAGGAAGAAUCUGUGUUUGAUCAGAAGAAGGUCUACUGCUUUGUGCAUCUGAGCAUCCAGGAGUUUCUGGCAGCUCUGUUUGUGUUUCACUCUUACAUGACUGAUAAUGUUCAAGCACUGAAAUUCUUCAUCAGUGAAGAACACAGAGAUGGUUCCAGCCCCUCAACUGGAUCAUUCUUCCGGUCAGUGAUGGGCUUACAUUCCCAAUAUUAUCCCAACCCCUCAAUUAUAUCAUACCUUUGGUCAGUGCUGGGCUUAAAAUCACAAGAUCAUCUUCAUGUGUUGCUUAAGAAUGCCGUGGAUAAGACUUUGAAGAGGAAGAAAGGACAUCUGGAUCUUUUCCUUCGCUUCCUUAUGGGCAUCUCUAUAGAGAGCAAUCAGAUCCUUCUGCAAGGUCUACUAAAUCAAAUAUACAGCACCUCAAAGAGCAUCAAGGAAACAUGCCAGUACAUUAAGCAGCUCAACAGAGAAGAUCUCUCUCCAGAAAGAUGCAUCAAUCUUUUCCACUGUUUGUUUGAAAUGAAUGAUCAAUCCAUGCACAAAGAAGUUGAGAAAUACUUGUCAUCACCAAAUAACACCAACAAACAAGAGUUGACACCUGCUCACUGUUCAGCACUGGCCCACAUACUUCUGAUGUCUGAGAAGGUGCUGGAUGAAUUUGACCUGAAGAAAUACAACACAUCAGAUGAGGGACACAGGAGACUGAUCCCAGCUGUGAGGUGCUGCAGAAAGGCACGACUUGCUGGCUGCAAACUCACAGAUAAGUCCUGUAAGAUUCUAGCCAGUGUUCUACAGUCGCAAAGCUCCCUGAUAGAGCUGGACUUAAGUGACAAUUACCUGGGAGAUUGUAAAGCUCAGCUUCUUUCUAAAGGACUGUCUAGUCCCAACUGCAAACUGCAGACAUUACGACUUGGAGGCUGCAAACUCACAUAUAAGUCAAGUGAGCUUUUGGCUUCCUUUCUGCAAUCACCAAACUCCCUGAUAGAGCUGGACCUGAGUUACAAUGACCUGAGAGAUUCUGGAAUUCAACUUCUUUCGAAAGGACUAUCUAGUCCUCACUGCAAACUACAGACAUUAAGACUUGCUGCCUGCAAAGUCACUAACAAGUCCUGUGAGCCUGUGGCCUCAGUUCUGCUGUCUGUAAACUCCCUAAUAAAACUGGACCUGAGUGAAAAUGACCUGGGAGAUUCUGGAGUUCUGCUUCUUUCUAAAGGACUGUCUAGUCACGACUGCAAACUGCAGAAAUUAGGACUCUCAGGUUGUCUCAUCUCUUUAAAAGGUUGUGGUUUUCUGGCUUCAGCUCUGACGUCAAACUCCUCCCAUCUAAAGGAGCUGGAUUUGAGCUACAAUCAUCCUGAAGAAUCAGGACUGAAGCUGUUAUCUGCUAGACUGGAUGAGCUUCACUGUAAACUGAAGACACUUAAGACUGACCACUGUGCAGAUAUCAGAUUGAAACCAGGAUUACGGAAAUAUGCCUAUGAGCUCACACUGGACCCAAACACAGCACACACAGGUCUCUCACUCUUUGAGGGGAACAGAAAGGUGACAUGGGUGAGAGAGGACCAGCCGUAUCCUGACCAUCCAGAGAGAUUUAACUGGUGGUAUCAGGUGUUGUGUAGAGAGGGCCUGUCUGGACGCUGCUACUGGGAGGCUGAGUGCAGUGGGUAUGGGGCUCAUGUAGCUGUGGCCUAUAAAAGCAUCAAGAGGAAAGGGGAGGGUGAUGAUGUCAGAAUAGGACGGAAUGCCAAGUCCUGGAGUCUGUGGUGCUCUCUUGACAGUUACUCUGUCUGGCACAACUAUAAAAACACUACCAUACCUGCCCCCUCCUCCCGCUCCAGAAGAGUAGGAGUGUACCUGGACUGGCCGGCCGGCACUCUGUCCUUCUACAGCGUCUCCUCUGACACACUCACCCAUCUGCACACGUUCCACUCCACAUUCACUGAGCCCCUCUAUGCAGGGUUUUGGGUUUAUUCUGACUCCUCAAUAUCCCUGUGCCAGAUCCAACAGAUACACUAUAUUGCCAAAAGUAUUGGCUCACCUGCUUUGACUCGCACAUGAACUUAAGUGACAUCCCAUUCUUAAUCCAUAGGGUUUAAUAUGAUAUGAUGUCGGUCCACCCUUUGUAACAGCUUCAACUCUUGUGAGAAGGCUUUUCACAAGGUUUAGGUAUUUUUAGGUACAAGGUAUUUGUGAGUUCACACACUAAUGUUAGACAAGGAUACUGGCUCUCAGUCUCCACUCUAACUCAUCCCAAAGGUGUUCGAUUGGGUUGAGGUCAGGACUCAUAGCUUAACCAUAGUUCACAUUGUAACCUGAUAAUUUAAAUUAAAUGUUAUUGAACCGUUAAUUCAAUAUUUACAUGUGUAGGCUAGGUCUACACCUCUGCCAACUGUCUUGCCAUGUCUUGAAUGAAACAUCAAACGUAUCAAAUCUUGGGGGCCAGGUAAGCCGUGAAGCAUAGGCUACACCCGAUGCGCACUCCGUUUCGGGGGAAAAGAAGGAUGGGUUUGUCGGCCGAAUUCAAAGGCGCCCGUCUCCAGUAGACAGCACUAGUCACGCCACUAUGACGCAACCGGUCUACGAAUCUGGCCUUAGAACCAUAUAGCCCCUGAAAUGAGACACCCUGAAUGCUUCAGUAUUAGAGAUUUUGGACAAUUCCAUGCUCCCAACUUGUGGGAACAGUUUCGGGACGCCUUCCUGUUCCAACAUGACUGUGCACCAGCGCACAAAGCAAGGUCCAUAAAGACAUGGAUGACAGAGUUUGGUGUGGAUGAACUUGACUGGCCUGCACAGUAGCCGAUUUCCGUAUAAAACUUAGAACCACUUCCUAAAUAAAUCUGAUCAAACAUGGGCAUAGAUACAGAUGGUUAAGAGGUUCGGAAAGGUUACCACCAUGCUAACAUGCUAACAUGUUAAACAUGAAAGCAUGCUAACAUCACACAAGUCAAUUGGCAAACUCGCUAACAGUUAGACUUUAUACAUUCGUUUUACAUUCAGGUGGAGUUCUGCUUGUUUCUGAAUACAAUGAUUGAAAGAAUUGUGUUUACUAGUUUUGUGUUUACUAUUAGUAUAUAUUAUAUACUUUAAUUACUCUUU